AACCAUGUUUUGUCAAUUGAAGUAAGAAGUAACUUCCUUCUUCGGUUAUCACAAAUCUUUUUCCUCUCUUUUAAUCAUGGAUUCUAGACAAGUCCAAAGUCAUGACUACGAUGAACAUCACAAUCAUCCACAUGGCCAUGAUGUUGGCAUUGGCAUACAUCAAGUUCUUCAUGGUUCAGAUGAGCACCAACAUGACCAUGAGAAGAAGUCUGUUGUUAAGAAAGUGAAGGCAAAGGCCAAGAAAAUCAAGGACAAAGUCACCAAGCAUGGUCAUCAUGACAAUGAACAUGAUCAUGAUCAGUAUCACUAUGAAGGUCAACAUAUCCCUGAUGAUCAUGAUUUGGAUGAGGAAGAUGAUGAAGAUGAAGAAAUGAUUGAAGACCCUGAAGUCCAUGGUGCACCAAUUUAUGAUAGUACUGCUUUUAGAAGUGCUGUACCAGGGAAAACACAAUACUUGGCAAGUCCUAAUGUUAAUUUAGGAGGUACAUCAGUUAUGGGAGUAGAACCCCAUCAUCACCAGCCAAGAGUUGUGGUUGUACAUCAUAAGGUUAAUUUGGAGAGACCAAUGGGAUUGGAGGAAGAUCCUCAUGCGCCACGUAGUAGUCCUCUAUCACAUGCUCAUGCCAAUUACCAAACCAAAGUCACUGAUCCUACUGGAGCAGGUGGUGGAGAAAUUGAUAUCACCCCAGUUGAGAGAUCAUUGGAAAGAAUGAAUAUCCAAAAUGAGCCAAGAGCUGACCAAGAAUCCAAGGUUCUUCCAACUAUUUCAGAGACUCAAUAUCCUUCUCAUCUUGGUGGGCUUGGCCACUACAACCACCGAUUUUCACCUGAGCUUUCAACAGCAACCAAAACUCCAUUCCCAACAGCUGAUAAAAGCCAUUAUCAGCACUUGCCACACUUGUCAGGCGAAAUCAAAACUCAAUACCCGUCUGCUGGAAGCCAUGAUCAAUUCGUGCCGGAAUUUUCUCACACACACUGCCCUCCAAUUAAAAGCCAUGACCAAAACUUGACACAAGAGUCAACAGUUCAGUAUCCUUCUACUGAAAGCCAUAAUCAGUUUUCAGCAGAAACAAUUCCUAGAAGUUCUAAUAUAUAUGAACAAAAUCCUCUGCAAGAACCAGCUUCCGACACCACCAAGGCAAGAUUUGAAGAACAAACGCAACCACCUUAUAAAGCAAUGGAGAAACCAUCAAGUCAAAGCAGUUACACUGACAAAAUCUCUUCAGCUACUUCAGCUAUAGCUGAUAAAGCCAUCACUGCUAAAAAUGCUGUGGCCUCCAAGCUUGGAUAUGGUGAAAAAGAUGAUAAAACAAAGUGCCAUGAAGAAAACAUAAGCAGUGAUAAACCAUCGAACCAGAGCAGUUACACUGAGAAAAUAUCGUCCGCAACUUCAGCAAUAGCCGAUAAAGCUGUGUCAGCUAAGAACACAGUAGCUUCGAAACUAGGUUAUGGCGACAAAGGUGACAGCCACGAAGAGACACAAGGAGAGAAUGCUGCUGCUACUUCCACAACAGAAUAUGGGAAGAGAAUAGCACAGUCCUUGACAGAUAAACUUGCACCGGUUUAUGGAAAGGUUGCUGGUGUAGGAAGUGCAGUGAAAUCAAAGGUUCCUGGAACCUCAACUGGCAGUGAAAACGAUAGAGGAGUGUCAGUGAAGGACUAUUUUGCAGAGAAGUUGAGGCCUGGGGAUGAAGACAGAGCUCUAUCUGAGGUUAUAUCAGAGACUCUGCAUCAUAAGAGGAACAAAGAAGAGGAAAAUGUAGUUCACAAGAGAGGAGAAGAGGAGGAGGAGGAGCAUGAGAGAAGGAAGAAGAUACCAAUGGGGAAGGUGACAGAGUCUGAAGAAGUGAAGAGAAGGUUGGGGGUUGGAAAUGAAGAGACAGAGAGGUAUGAAGAGAGCUAUGUAAAUAGUCCUGGGAAGAGUGUGGUUGAUAAGGUUAAGGAUGUGGUUUUUGGUUCUUGGUUUACCAAACCGGAUGAAAAUCAACCGUCAGAAGGUGGGGAACAGGUCCCCAAGAACUCUGGUGCUGUGGACGUGGAUCAGGCGGUGAACCAAGCCGCGGAUGCAAGACGACUCCAUGAGUCAUGUAAUUGAGAAAUUAGAUUCCUGUGAUUUGUAGUUUGUACGUGUGUGAAUGUGUGUGUCUGUCUAUCUGUUUCUGUACAUGUGAAUCAUGUGAUGUUGUAUUAUCGGACAAAGGGUCUUAUUGUACUAUUGUUAUUACCAAAAUUAAGCAAUACUUGUGAUUUUGGCAUUUUGCAUCCAUCACAGAUUCACUGUAUUGCUUUUUUGGGAUUGUGCAUUAUCAAAAGAUGUUAGUAUGUUACAUGUAAAUAUUUAUAGGUGGAUA